AUGCCGGACACAUUCACAGUCAUAAAGAACCAGACGGAGCCACGGCUGGGGCAGCUAGAGCGCACACUGGCCACGGAGGGGAGCGCCCGCCCCGCCUGGGUCAUAGCCAUCCUGGCCAGCGUGUUGAUCUUCACCACGGUGGUGGACGUGCUGGGCAAUCUGCUGGUCAUCAUCUCGGUGUUCACGAACCGCAAAUUGAGGAAUUCUGGUAAUGUAUUUGUGGUGAGUUUGGCCUUUGCUGACCUCGUGGUAGCCUUCUACCCCUACCCCUUGGUUCUCUAUGCUCUCUUCCAUAACGGAUGGGCACUGGGAAACACACAAUGCAUGGUCAGCGGUUUCCUGAUGGGGCUGAGCGUCAUCGGCUCCAUCUUCAACAUCACGGGGAUCGCAGUGAACAGAUACUGCUACAUCUGUCACUCGUUCUCCUACAGUCGGCUGUACAGCUUUCGCAACACUCUGAUGCUUGUCGCCUUAAUCUGGGCGCUCACGGUGGUGGCCAUCAUCCCCAAUUUCUUCGUGGGCUCCCUGCGCUACGACCCGAGGGUCUACUCCUGCACCUUCGCCCAGACCGUCAGCAGUUCGUACACGGUGGCGGUGGUCGUGGUUCACUUCCUGGUUCCGAUCGCCGUGGUUACCUUCUGUUAUCUACGCAUCUGGGUACUUGUGAUUCGGGUGCGACGUAAAGUGAAGACAGAGGAGAGCCCUCGCCUCAGACCGAGUGACGUGCGGAAUUUCGUCACGAUGUUCGUGGUCUUUGUGCUCUUCGCCAUCUGCUGGGCUCCACUUAACCUGAUUGGCUUGGCGGUGGCCAUCGAUCCGUCUCACGUGGGUCCCCGUAUCCCCGAGUGGCUUUUCGUGGUCAGCUACUUCAUGGCCUACUUCAACAGCUGUCUGAACGGCAUCAUCUACGGCUUACUCAACAGGAAUUUCAGGAACGAAUACAAACGCAUCGUCAGCUCCGUCUGGGUGACUCGGCUUUUUGUGACGGAGACUUCGCGACCCGUCACCGAGGGCCGGAGCAUGAGGAGCAAGCAUUCGCUGCCUCCGCCGCUCAACAACAACGAGUCGGUCCGAGAUCGUUCAAACAAAGAAUGA